GGCAACUUCAUCUGACGCCAUACUACCACUUCUCUUUCCACCUCAUCAACCUCCACCUCACAUCCCCACUUUGCCUACGACCACAUCAAAAAGCAUGGCGCCCGAACCCCGAACCUACGUGUCCGGCGGCCGCGUCCUCGGAAGCCCCCCACUCACCGUCCGCGUCAGUCGCUUUUUCGAGAGUGUGUAUGUGUUUCUGGGACUGUAUCUUGUGAGCUUUUUCUCGCUCGAUCCCUACGCCGCGGCGCAGAACUCGCAGUUCAACAUCCAUCGCAAGGGUAAUCCCUCGGGGCCAACGUCGCGAUGGGGACUUUUUGGCGGCGGUGGGAGCGGUGGUCCUGGGGGAGGAGGUGGUGGCGGUGGUCCCGGAGGCGGUCCGAGGGGCUUUGGGCCGCGGAAGAUUGGUCGAGUGGAUGAUGUUCGUGGGCCGGAGUGUAAGAGCUGUGGAUAGGGUGUCUUAUACAGGAGGGGA